AUGGACAUCUCCAAGGCGGCACCUAAGACUGCCAGCAAACCCGUCACCAGGGUCUCGGGUGUUACGGCUCCUGGCAGCCCUCGCAAGGGACCCCCUAAAUUUAAACAGCGCUCAACACGCCAGUUCAAAAGCAAGCCGCCAAAGAGGGGCGUUCUUGGGUAUGGUGAAGACAUUCCUGGAAUGGAGGGCUUGGGCACAGAUAUCACAGUGAUCUGCCCAUGGGAAGCCUACAGUCAUCUGGAGCUGCAUGAGUUAGCACAGUAUGGCAUCAUUUAG